GUAGUACUCCACGCGGGAUUCUAACCUGAACCGAUCUGCAUCAACGAUGCUCAAUUGAACACCCAAAUUGGGACCGCUGACACUAAACGGUCCAGACUUCACCAAUAACAGUUACAUAGCAACCCAGGGUCCUAUGUCAUCGACCAUUUUUGAGUUUUGGUUGAUGGUUUACCAAAACGUCGAAAAAAUUGUUGAGGAAGACACGGAUAGAUCUAUUCUCGUUAAACAAAAGAUAAUAAUGCUAACAGACUUUGUGGAAAACAGUCGACAGAAGUGUGCAGUAUAUUUUCCACAGCAACUUAAUGAAUCGAUGGUAUUUACUAGCCAAACCACAGACAAAACGCAAGCUGUACUAUCCAGGAAUGCAAACGUCGUCAACGAUAUUCUUAAUUUUGAAACGCGGCAAAUUUCGAGGCCAACCGUUCCUGAUAUUAAUUUUAAUUAUUUUUUCAUUACCAAUGUCGGUAUCUGUCUUAAAAAUGGCUAUAGCACGCGUAAGCUAGUGGUGAUUUAUUCAUAUCAAGCGAAUAGUAAAAAUCUUGAAAUAUGCAAAGCAUUCGAAGUUUAUCACUAUUGGUUCCCAGACUGGCCAGACCAUAGAUCUCCAGAAGAUAUUGAUGUCUUACUCGAUAUAAGUCUGGAUAUACUCGACAGUGACUGCAGUGAUGAUUUUGAAACAAAGACAAAUACUUCACCGACAAAGCUAGCCUGUGCCCUACCAAUAAUUCAUUGUUCUGCAGGAAUUGGUAGGACUGGAUGCUUGUUGGCAAUUUUGAACGGUUUAAAUCAAAUUCGUGCUUCAAUUAAUUUAAUUGAUCGUUCAGAAGAUCAAACUCAAGGAGAUAAUGAUCUAACAAAUACACCAUUGGAAAUACAACAGCGUCAAAGCUCAACCUGGAUUAGCAAUCAAGUGGGUGUUGACAUACUAGGAAUCGUAUGUAAUCUGCGGCUUCAGCGUGGAGGAAUGGUUCAAAACUCUGAACAGUACGAGCUUAUUCAUAGGGCUUUGUGUUUGUACAUGCAAUCAUCGGGCAUUAGAAGGAAAGCUCAUGUAAAUAAGCGCUGCUAGUCUUGCUAUGGAUUAUAACCUUUGACGGAACUUUUAGUAAAGAAAUCUAAGAGUGUCUACUGAGUGGUUCUCUACGAUUUCGCAAAUCGA